GUUAGUGUUUUGCUGAAACACUCCGAACUUCGAAAACGUAUUCCCGUCAUACAUAGUUAAAAAGUUUAAAAACAAUCAAUUUUCAUCAAGUCACUUUCAUUUUUACUGAAGGAUGCUGGUUUAUUGUUCGACGAAAUUCACAAUAAUCAUUUAUUUCUCGUGUUUAUAAUUCGGAGUCGUUAUUUUUUUGCUAGCGACUGAGAGGUUAAGAUUCCCUCCUCGUAGUGUUUACAACUUUUUUGGAGUUUCUUCGCUUGAAAAAGACAUUCAAAAUUCUUGACGUUUUCUCGUUUGGAGCAGUGUUGUUUUAUAUAUGAUUUGGAGAAAAAUAUCAAGAUUAUAACAACAUUAAUUCGCAGAAUAUAACAGAAUAAUUUUUCUGGUUUCGUUUGUCGAAAAAUAAUAUAACCUCUAAAAUUCAGAUCAUUACCAUGGAGUACUCUACAGUUUCCUACCCGAGCGACCGAUCAGAUCAAUGCGACAAAAGACAUGGCCUGACCAUUCCCUUCAUGAUGCACGACUUCAAAACCGUAAUCAGGAGCGGCAAAGAAACUCGCCUCCAGCGACGAGUUCUCUCUUUCAGCGAAAAUCCAACCAUUCAAUGUUCCAUAGACAUUGACUUUACCGGCGAGAAUCUCAACGCCCAGAUCCAAUACUUCACCACCGAACUUCCUCGUCGUUCCUACGAAAUGGUCUGCACCCUUGCCGACAUUAGCGAUUUAAAAUCUGGGAAAAAAAUUUCACUCUACCACGAAUUCCAUCACGAAAAUCUCUGGCUCUCUGUUGUCAGAGAUUGGCGACCGCUCUGCUCUUUUCCGUGCAUCCUCCCCAAAGUCGAUCUCUACGAUUUCAUCCAAAGCGACUUUCGCUUCCUUCUGAUGUUCAAAUUCAUCGAGGGUGAAUACGUUGAAGUGCAGCCAACCCUGAAAACCCUCUCUUCGCUCUUUGAAAACGAAACUUUUGCCGAUUUUACGAUAGUUGCCCGGGGCAAAGAAUUUAAAGUUCACAGGGCAGUUUUGGCAACAGCCUCUGCAGUUUUUGAGGCGAUGUUUUUGAGUCAAAUGAAGGAACAACAAGAAAAUCAAAUGAGUAUAGAUGAUAUAGAACCGGAUGUUAUUAAAGAGAUGCUUCGGUUUGUUUAUACGGGGGCAGUUCAUAAUAUAAAAGACCACGCGGAGAAACUUCUCAUUGCUGCUGAUAAGUACAGACUUGAGAAUUUGAAGGGAUUUUGCGGUAGGCAAUUGAGCAAGUCGAUCGACGCCGAGAAUGUAAUGAACGUUCUUAUUCUUGCCGAUACUUACCGUGACAGUACGUUAAGACAGAGUGCCUUGAAAUUUAUUAACAAAAACCUUAAGGCCAUCCUUCAAAAAGACGACAAUGUGGAUGUAUUGACUAGCAGGCCGGAUUUCGCGGUUGAAAUUUUACUGAAUAUUGCCUAAAAGUUAGACAAUUGAUUUUGUACAUUUUUUCGGGGAUUCAUUUUAUGGUGCGAGGCUCGAAAUUUCAGGGAUGAAUUUUCGAACAGGGGUUUUGUUCAGUGGUUCCGAUUUUUAAGACUGCAAGCGUUAUAUUUUGAAAUGCUUUUUGGAAGUCUUGGAAGUUCCAAAUUUUUAGGACUUUGGAUUUCUGUCAUAUUCAAGAAGUUUGAAAAUGAAAAAGAUGCAGCGUUUUCUUUUUAAUUUUGAAAACAUCACAUAUAUCGCAAAGUUCUACAUAAUAUUUACGAAUUAGAAAUUUGUAGUCUACUCUUUAAAGUCUAGUCUUUACAGGCUGUCGUUUGCGAUAUUGGAGUUUUAGCUUAAUCUUCAGCAGAAAGGCGAGAUUUUUUUCCUUAUACACAAAACUUAUCUCAAGUUCCAUUUUUAGUAUUAUUUUUGGAAAACAAAAAUUGUGAUUAUGUUUUAGGAAAUCCUUAGAGAUUCAAAUUUUCGAAAAUGUUCAUGCAUAAUACAUAUUUCGUAACAAGUCUUAAUCGACGUGAGUGGAGGAAUUUAAAAUAUGGAAAGUUGUAUAUAAAAUGUAUUUAUUUGUAAGACAAUUUCGUGUGAAACUCGCACUGUAUA